GGUUCUAUUGUUGAUUUCACUUGCAUUUGCUAAACGUCUUCCACGAAGUACAUCCUGCUACUGCCUGGUGCCUAUUUCGAGUUGUUUCUUCUCCUUAGUUGGCUCAUCAACCCCUCGCAUCAGAAAUUGAACCUGCUACUGCUUUUACUAAUUUGCUUUGCUUGGCUUGGCUUAAAUUGGUUAUCAGUGUUCACCUUUUCUUAUUUCUUCUGCCAGAAUAUAUCCAUCAACCUUUUGCAAGAAAGAAUAGACUUGCAGUUGCAAUCGAGCAGAUCUACUGUAUGCCACAUAGUUUCUGAUUUUGUGGGUCUAAUUUUCAUCGCACUGUCUAAUUUCUUCAAUUCUUCUAGACCUGCAGCUAAGCAAUUCCAUCAAUUACGCUCUCUUUAAAGCAUAAGAUGAAAAAGCAUAUACUUUUUUGUGGCCAAAGAAAUAAAUAUUUUUUAGAUGUAAUACUGUCGUACUUCAGAUUUUUAUUGGUUGUUUUUGUAAUUAUCACUCGGAAGACUUUGAUCUACUAUAGAUCGAAUUUAAGUAAAAUAUUUAAUCAAUGAAAAUUUCAUUC